UGAUCAUCACAGAGUCGUCACGUCACGGAUCCGCAGCGACAGAUAAAGAUGCUGAGGUGACAGGCAGAAGGAGAAAACGGACGAUCACACUCAGACAUAUUUCACUCUCCCCAUCCGCUCCUUUAUUUCCAGCCACCGACACCACCACCACCUCCGCCUAUGGACGGUUCGCUCGCUAUGGGAUUCCGCUCGAUGUCGUCCCCGCCGCCCCCAAACCAAAAGGAUUUUUUGUAACCACACCCGGCUCUUCUUUGGAACAAGGGUUGGCAGCUCAGACCCGGGGGUUCUCCAUCACAUCCCAAAUGCUUGCCCCAGUGUGAGGCUGGUGGUCGAGGGGGAAGCAGUGAGGGCAGCGCCCCUAGAUUUGCCGACGGGAUGAGUGGGGGAGCAGAGCAGACUGACAUCCUAAGCGUGCUCUCCCUGGUCAAGGAACGAUGGAAAGUGGUGAAGAAGAUUGGGGGUGGUGGGUUUGGGGAGAUCUACGAGGCGACGGACCUGAUGACGCGGGUCAGCGUGGCACUGAAGGUGGAGUCGGCCCAGCAGCCCAAACAGGUGCUGAAAAUGGAGGUUGCAGUCCUCAAGAAGCUCCAGGGUAAAGACCAUGUGUGUCGCUUUGUGGGAUGCGGCCGCAACGACCGCUUUAACUACGUGGUGAUGGAGCUUCAGGGUCGAAACCUGGCCGACUUGAGGAGAAGUAUGCCUCGAGGAACGUUCAGCAUCAGCACCACCUUGCGUCUGGGGCGCCAGAUCCUGGAAGCCAUAGAGAGCAUCCACUCUGUUGGUUUCCUGCAUCGUGACAUCAAACCGUCCAAUUUUGCCAUGGGUCGCUUCCCCAGCACCUGUCGUACCUGCUACAUGCUGGACUUUGGUUUAGCUCGCCAGUUCACCAACUCUUGCCAGGAGGUCCGACCUCCCCGUCCGGUGGCAGGGUUUAGGGGAACAGUCCGAUACGCAUCUGUCAAUGCACACAAGAAUAAGGAGAUGGGACGUCACGAUGACCUGUGGUCUCUUUUCUACAUGCUGGUAGAGUUUCUGGUCGGUCAGUUGCCGUGGAGGAAAAUUAAGGAUAAAGAACAUGUGGGGAAGCUGAAGGAGACUUAUGAUCAUCGACUGAUGCUCAAACACCUCCCGGCAGAGUUUGGUGUGUUCUUGGAGCACAUCUCCAGCCUUGACUACUUCACCAAACCUGACUACCAGCUGCUGAUGUCAGUGUUUGACAACAGCAUGAAAACCUAUGCUGUCGUGGAAAAUGACCCCUAUGAUUGGGAGCGGACCACUACAGAUGGCACGCUAACGAUUAGUGCCAGUACCACAACACCUCAACAUCACACUCGCCUCACUCCAGCACACAUGGGUAUGGCGAAUGCGUCCCUGAUCCCUGGUGACCUGCUGAGAGAAAAUACAGAUGAAGUUCUGCAGGAUGAGCAGCUCAGCGACGUGGAGAACAACCCUGCUCCCGAGCGUCUACUGGGCUCUCCCCUCCACCCGCACCGCAACCAAGAGACUGAUGUCUGGGAGGAACUGGAUCGCAACCGUAACCGUAUCAGGACAGCUGUCUGGAAGACAGCAGCAGAGGAGGAACACAGCAACAACCAGGGCAACCAAGGACACCAGAGCCCCUAUGCUGGACCAAGCCUGGGUUCCCCUGUCAAACUGCACUCUGAGGUGGUAGCUUCAGACCGUGAUGGCCCUCUGCUCAGGAAGCUCCGCAACAUCCAUAGCUUUGACCUGGAGAGGAGGCUUGGCCUGGAGUCCAAGCCUAGUCCAGAGCGGUUUGUGGAUGCCUGUUCAGGAAAGCAGCAGCUAGGCAGCCAACAACAGGAGAAGGAAUCUGACGGAGCUGCAAUCAUCCCAGUAACUCAGGCUCAAGCUGUAAUUGCCGGGGAGCGUCCUGAUAGAGUUUGGCACUAUGAUGACGAGUUCCUGUCUGGUGGUGGUUCUCCUAAGCCAGCUUCCCCUGGAUCGUUAGAGCAGGGAGAGGGGGCAGCCAGCAGUGGGGGCUUUGUGGCCCUCAAUUUGAGCUCUGGGAGGCAGGACGUUGACUCAAGGGAGUGGGUAAUGGUGGAGCGGCCCAAUGGUUCCCCAGGAGUCAAGCCUACCACCAGCCCAUCGGAGGAGGAUGAGGAGCCGGAGGUGCUACAACCAGAUGAACAGUCUCCUGGAUGGGAAAAGGGCAGCCGAAGCCCUAACUCUGGCAAAGCUAAACAAGAAAGCAUGGCCUCUUCCAAAGGAAGUGUAAAAAUGGACAAGUUGGAGCUUAGUGUGGGCCCUGCAGGGGUCUUGCCCCCUAUCACUCCAACCAGCCCAGCUGAAGCUCUGGCUGAGGGAGUCCUCACACAGCUCCCUACCUCUCCUCCGUCUCUACCCGAGGAGGUUGCGGUCCGGACAUCCAGCCCCAUUCCUCUGCGCUCUCCCAGCCCUCACACCCUCCUGACCACCUUGUCGGAUCCACUGCACCAACGUCAGCUGCCAGCCAUGAGGCGCAGCCAGUCCGCUGACCAGCAGCAGCAAGAGCGCCCCUCUUCUUCCUCCUCCUGCCACGCCUCCCUACCUCUACCACCAAACCCCACCCCCAGCACCCGCUCACCCAGUCGCAGGAAAUUGCCAGCCAUCCCCGCGGGUGCUGCCAACACCAAGUUUCCCUCAGUCAUUCGCAUCACUCGUGCCCAGCUCCAGCAGUUGACGGCUCAGCGUCCUUCUGGGCUUUCCUCCCAGUCAGGCUCAGACAGUGCUCCACAGUGUCUCCUGUUGGAGAGGCGCGGUGAAGCUAAUGCUGAAGCUCAGCAGGCUCAGGAGCACUCAGUGGAUAUCAGCUCCCCGCAGGACCAUGUGCCCCCCAAUCCAGGGUUGCCAACAGACCCCCUGGCUGAGACACUGGUCAAUGGAGACAGCCACACCAAAGCUCAAAGCCCUGUGCCAAGCCGCAUGUCUUCCCCGCGUUGCCCUCGUUCACCAUGCUCGCCUCCUCCACGCUCACCAUCCUCACCUCGAUCUCCUCGCAGCCCUGUGUUUGCCAAUGGCCGUCUUUCCCCUCCUGUUAACAACCAAAGGGAUUUAAGUAAUGGAAAUUUCCUCAAACUAAAUGACCCUGAGAAUGAUUCUGUCCCCACUCCCUGUGUUACAGAGUCUCAGAUAAAGGGGGAGAAAGGUGAAGAAGUUAACCUGGCCUCAGACCACACCACUAGCCCAGCCUUGUCCUCCCCCCCGGCUGCCCCCCGUAAAGACCCUAGCCGCAGGCAAAGCCGAAUCCCUGUACUGGAGCCCUCCACCUUCCUGGAGCUCCCUCCACCAGGAUCUGCCAAAGAGAAACUCCUACAAAAGAAAGCCAGUCAUCAGGGCCAGGUCCCCUCUCCCACUGCCUCGCCAUCCCUCUCUGAUAGGCGUGGCCCAAUGGUAGCCUCCCUCGCUAGGGAUCCACUGUCCUCCACCUCUGACCGCUCUCAGGAAGAGGACUCCCUUAUGGGCUCCCGUUCUGACCGCCAGGGAGACGAUGCUCCAUCUCUCUCCUCCUCCUCUAGCCCGCAGUCCUGCAAAAGCAGGAUCCCUCGUCCCGUUCAUGCAGCCUCUUCUGCUGCACAACUGGCUGCUCAAUUCAUGCCACGUCCACCCCCUGGAAAGCCACCUUGCCGCCCCACAGUGGAGGGCAGGCAUAGGCGUUACCGCAUUCGAGCUGGCAGCACCAGUGACUCAGAGCUGCUGACAUGUAUUGCUCAGCUGAUGCAUGGCUCCCGUGGCUCCCCCCUUCACCACCGCUCCUCAACCCAGCACGGGGGCUCCAGGAUGGGCAUCUGCAGCCUAACAAGCUCUCCCCACCACCAUCGCAGCUUGAGUGCCUCCCCCCGCAGCUCCUCCUCCCUGCAGCGCUCGGUCAGCUCCUCACCCUCCCGCCACGAGCACCGUGGUGGUGGAGGAGGGGGCUGCUUUGGCCGCAGCCGCUCACCUCCUAGCUUCUCCGGCUCACCACCUCCCCGCCGCUUCUACCCCCACCACCAGGAGACUUGCUGUAGCCGGCAGGCACACACGGGCAUGUUCCACCUGUCUAGAGGAAAAGGUUGCAGCCGAGAGGGCAAAUGCUCCAGCAAGCUGAGUAGAUAGAUCCCCACCAAGCUGAAUUGUCAUAGCAGAGAAUCAGAAGUCCUAAUAGGAUAGACAUUAGUCAGGAUAAAAGCCUGAGUCUUCCUGUAUAAUCCGUAAAAUAAUCUGAACUUUACGUGUCUCACAGGUUCUCAGUGUUCUCUUCGCUCCUUCUGUUUGUGCAUAGGCUUUGUCAUUCAGUAUGUGCCCAGCUUCCAAAUACCACCCUAGUGAUUGUAGUUUUGCACUAAGGCUGCUGGACUUGCGGAAAAUAUAUUAAAAAAAAAAUUAUAAAUCUUUGUGGCAGAAGCCAAGAUAUCAGAAAUUUUUGUCCUCUGAGCUCCAAAAAAAUGCUGCAUUUCCCAAAACUUAGAAGCACCUUUGAUCACCUUGCGAUGGAAGAGCCUCUGAGGACAUUAAAUAUCUGUUCACAAGCUGAAUGACGACGCAUGACUAGCAAACUGAACUUAAAUUGGUGGAGUGCUCCUUUAUAAUAACUUACAAAACAGGGAAUGUUGUGUCAGGGUCUUCUUAUUAUGUUUACUGUUAUGGUGUACAAAUUUAAACAGUACAGCGCUGUAACACCUAAAUCAGAGGUUAGUUGGGCCAGUGGGCAAAUAAAUAAAAGUUUCCUGAUUAUUCAAUUUUGAUCUAUCCUGCACCACCAUAUAUAAUAACUUAUUUAUCCCCAGUAUUAAUGGAUUUGAAUCAUACUAAUGGAAUUUGAAACUGUAAUUAUAGGAUUGGGGUUGACUCAGAUCAGGCAGGGUAUAAUGUUUUCUUUCUGCUAAAUGUGAAUGCAUAACGGCAGAAUUUGUGUACAGUUGUAUUUAUUGAGAUAUUUAUUUUGAUGCUUAGCAAUGCUUACGACUCCUAUCCUCUUGUGUGUGAUCGUUGAAGUGUGGUUUUGUGUUACUUGCAUUGCGUUUAAGUUUUUAAAUGAGGGGGAUUACUCAAAGUGACCCUUUAUACAAUCAGUCAUGUAAAGUGCGCGUGGACGCACACCUUUUUGUGCCUACUGUGUUGCUGAGAGGGAAUCUAAGUGUCACACUGGAUGAAGGAAUUAGAGGUUAGACUUGUAAAGUUUUCGUAGCAGUAGUAAGUUUAAAUGACUCAAGGUGCAUUACUGACGAGCAGCGUUCAGACGCAGGUGUUUGUCUGAGCGUGUGCCUUGGCACUUCGGGCAGCUUGAGGAUUCACUCUGGUGUGUUUGUAAUUAGGAAAAAAAUAAGAGCCAAAAAAAGAAAAAAAAAAGACUUGUGUCAGUGGUUAUAAGACAACCCUUUUCAUUCACUUAUGUAGAAAAGGUAGCAAUACAAAUGUUUGUAAAUCAAACACAAUUUGAGCAGCAGUUUACUUAAGGACAAAGUAGCUAUUAUUUGUAACAGGACAUAUUAGCUGUCCUGUGUAUGUACCAGGCCAGUGUUUGAGAUAAAACUCUGAACAAAUGUGAAUUUCAGACCUCAAAAAAAAAAAAAAUUAAACAUUUUGUCAAAUGUUAUUGAAAAUGGAGGCCAUAUGUACAUAUGUUUCUCACACCAAAAUGAUGCUCCAUGCCUCCACGUGCAAGAAUGUUUUAUUUCUGUUUCUCCUGCACUGGAGAAUGUCUUUUUAUAUAAUGACAUACAGUAUACAGCUUGUGCACAAGGUGAAGAAGCCAGAGUGGUGUUUGUGUUCAGUUUUAGUUAGAAUGCCACACUGAAGCUCUCCUCCAUAACCUCUUCCUCCUCCUCCUCUGCUUGUAAGAUACUGUAAAAUAACAUCGGCUUCCUUUGCAUGCUCAACAAAGACAAAAUCAAAAUCAAUUACAGAGUAAAAAGCUGCAUACAACUUAUCAUUACAUGAUUUUAACGUAGCAGGGAUACCAUCACCUGUUAGGCGAGCAAAUUUAAUUUAUGUCAAUCUCUAUAUCUUCUCUGACUCAUAUUAAAAAUUUUGUUUUCUUACCUGAUGUUAGUUUUCUGCACUUCCUGCGCUGAUCUGGGGUGGUUUUAUCAGUGCAUCUAACUGUCAUGGCAUGCAAAAUAAAAGCAGAAUAGACUUUCAUGCGUUUUAUGGUCUUGCAUUGUAACAACCUGCGAGCUGAAAGACUGAUGGUAGUCAUAGGCUCUCUAAGAAUGGGAAAAAAAACCACAUUGCCAAAUAUUUUGAUAGAUUUUGCAGUUUGAAUUGAGAUGGGAAUGUAAAGAGGAGUGUUGUUUUUUUGUAGCUAUUAAACAUGCUGU